CAGCAAAAUGACACAACAGCCAGCAUGGGGCGUCAGCUUCUCCAAAUAUUUCGUUAUACCUCAACGUGUGAUAUUGGCCAUUAUGGGCUUCUUGGCCAUCUUGAAUGCCUAUACGAUGCGUAUCAGUUUAUCGAUUGCCAUCACCGAAUUGGUAGUUAAGAAAAAUUACACAGAUGGUGGUGAGGCAGCUGUGUGUCCUGCAGAUGAUUUGGAUUCGGAUUCUUCGAGUGGUGGUGACUAUGAAUGGUCUGAAGAGUUGCAAGGUUUAAUUCUAUCCUCAUUCUAUAUCGGUUACAUUGUCACCCACAUUCCCGGUGGUCUAUUGGCUGAGAAAUUUGGUGGUAAAUGGACCUUGGGUUUGGGUAUUCUCUCGACGGCUUUCUUCACAUUGAUCACCCCCAUUGCCAUCACAGAAGGUGGUUCGACUGCAUUGAUUAUUGUUCGUAUUUUGAUGGGUUUGGGUGAGGGUACAACAUUCCCUGCCUUGAGUGUGCUGCUGUCACAAUGGGUUCCCCUCAAAGAACGUGGAAAAUUGGGUGCCUUGGUAUUGGGUGGUGGUCAAGUUGGUACCAUUUUAGCCAAUUCUCUAUCUGGUGUGCUGUUAGAUGCCUACGAUUGGCCUAUUGUGUUCUAUUUGUUUGGUGGUCUCGGUGUUUUGUGGUUCUUGAUUUUCAUUGUCUUGUGCUACAGCGAUCCCGGCUCCCAUCCCUUCAUUAAACCCUCGGAACGUGAAUAUUUGGAAAGAGAAAUGGGUUCGGUGACUCGCAAUCUAAACUUGCCACCCACUCCCUGGAAGGCUAUCUUGACUAAUUUGCCUAUGAUUGCUUUGGUCUGCGCUCAAAUCGGUCACGAUUGGGGCUUCUAUAUUAUGGUCACUGAUUUGCCCAAAUAUAUGGCUGAUGUUAUGCAAUUCUCCAUUAAGGCCAACGGCUUGUACUCUUCAUUGCCCUACAUCAUGAUGUGGAUUUUCUCAAUCUCGUCUGGUUUCGUUGGCGAUUGGUUGAUGACAAGAAAGAUUUUGAGCAUCACCAAUACACGUAAAUUGAUGACAGCUAUUGCUGCCUUUGGUCCCGCCAUUUUCAUGGUUGCUGCCUCCUAUGCCGGUUGUGAUCGUGUUGCUGUUGUUAUCCUCUUCACCAUUUGUAUGGGUCUGAUGGGUGCUUUCUAUGCUGGCAUGAAAUUGAGUCCAUUGGAUAUGAGUCCCAAUUACUCGGGUACAUUGAUGGCCAUUACCAAUGGUAUUGGUGCUAUUACAGGCGUUAUUACACCCUAUUUGGUGGGCGUUAUGACACCUAAUGCCACCUUGUUGGAAUGGCGUUUGGUGUUCUGGGUAGCCUUUGCUGUCUUGGUCGUAACCGCUAUUAUCUAUUGCAUUUGGGCCUCCGGCGAGGUACAACCAUUUAAUGAUCCACCAGCCGUUAAGGAUUGUGAGGCUGAGGAACGUGGCAAGAAGCCAGAAAAACAUUAA